UCUUUUAUUAUACAAGAUUUACUUUUCUUUCACCCCGUGUCGAAACCCCCAUGUCAGUCGGUUAGCUUAACCUGGCAGGUAUAUCAAUACCCGGUGUUUUGUGAGCUGUUAUUGGGCUAUCAAUUAUACCCCCCUUGGCGACCACGGGGCCCUUUGUUUUCCUAUAGAGUAGAACAGUGACAUACCUCAGAAUAAAAGGGGGCGAUCGCGAGGGAGAUAUACGCGCCAUUGCCAACGUUAGCAGCUAAAACAAAGGCUGUAGGGAUCAGUCGUCUAACUAGUACUACCAGUCAGUCUUUUAUUCAGACAUUUGCUGUGGAUUUGACAGCAGACUGAAGGGAGUUAGGGACCCAAGAGUGGCACACACGAGGGGAACGAACGUCGGAACGAAAGAAGCCAACGCAAUGAUCAAGACAAAGUGGAAGAUAGCGUCCAAAGCUGUUGUCGAAGAGAAAAGGGAGAAAACCAAAGACAACCCCGACCGUCCAAAACAUGGCGGCAAAAGAAAGCAGAGCGCGGCAACAGCAUUUGCUUCCGUCGUCACCAAGUCAUCCUUCGCCGCUAAGAUGCAAUGGGGGAACUGGGGAAACUCUCGGACCCCGUCCGCGAAAGAGAGGCUCUCGCGAGAGUUGGACUCUCGCCAGGAGCAGAGAAAACAGACUGAGUUUGCGCAGCAUUGUUGGCUGUGUCGUCGAGAGGUUCAAUCGUCUCGUCAGGUAACCCCCAUACACAGCCUUCACGACCUUUUUGACCUCUUCGACAACAUGGACGGGGAGAGCUCGUCGGGGUCAAACAAGGACAGCAGUUCGUCGUCUCAGUCGGAAGGUUCGGACGCCAUGAUGAGGCUGAUGCAGGACAUAGGAGAUGACGAUUAUAGCCAAUAUCAAACCCUCCCUAAUUCUAAACCUGAAACCCCGCUAGGUAAAAUCGGCACGCCAAUCUUGGACAAAAAGGGCGGGAAGAGAAAGAGUCCGACUAAAGUAGUUACAUUCGUGCCGGAUUAGAUAUUAUGUUGAUAGCACUAGUCAUGACGUCAGUAACUUGUCCAAUGCUGCUGUGAGUUUUUGAUUUAAGUUGAAGAUGGUCAUGAUAUAAUUACUGUACUUUCCAAGCAGAAGACAGGCUCCGUCUAUAUAGACAUUAUGUUUCGGACUUUUUGCUAUUUUUAUUUUUUUUUUGGUUUCCUUUUUGUUUGCCAGAUAGGCGACCAAAAGGAGCCAAACCCUAACCUCUGCUCGGAGAGUAGACAUACUGAGCACGCUAUACUGUAUCAGAUGAACCUUAGACCUUUGCCCAACGUCAUAGAAAAUUCUUACUUUCAGAUUGAUUCAGAUGUCUUAGGUGUAUAACAAUACUCUUCAAGCUGAGUUUACCUAGCUGACAGAAAAAUAUGGCAUGUAAGAAAAAGUUCACCAUUUUCCAAAUCAACUUCUGUCUGGAGAGUAAGAUAACAUAAGUAUAUAUUACAUAUAUUCCACUGGCACUAGUAUUUCAAACAUUAUUUCAAUAGGCGAUGUUAUGUAGUAUCUACAUCGUCGCCAUUGUUGUGCACUAUUAAUUGUGACCGUUAACAUUGUAUACUUAGAUAGUUUUUCAAACAAUAAAUUGCGCUAAUAACAUCUUUCAAUCACUCGUACUUGCCUGCAUCUCUUUCCAUCGUAUGUGUAUUGCUUGGACUCUCUCUAGUAAUUUCUUUUGUGUUUUGGUUCCUAGUUUGGUAGCAUUUUAUGCGCAGUUAAGUACUGACAGAACCUAUAAAGAUUUUAUCAUGUAAUCUGUAUAUCGGAGCUUAAUAAAACCGCCUGCUGGCUGAUAGGAUUUUUUUAAUGAAUAAACAAAGGCUCAAACAGACAAACAAAUAUAUAAACAAAGUCUGUAUAGGCAACCAAACUGUUAGACGAAACGAGAAAAUAAUAAUUAAGACAAAGUUAUCUCGAAAAUUCUAAAGGUUUAUUGCACAAAUGUAGCAUUCGAAAGCAUUCUAGGCAACAUGAAACGUCUUCAUUAAGUAUUACAUAAUGACAACAUUGGUAAUAUCCUGAGACCGUGAUUACGAAUUAAAAGAAAAGUACAGAGCUAUAAGCAUAAUCGUAUUUAAUAAGCAGCAGCAUAUUUACACCCUGUUUUAUCAACAGUAG